AUGUAAAGCACAAAAUUGGAGCGAAAUUUUGUAAAUGAAAAUUUGAUUUCCAAAUAUCUAAAGUGUAUUAUUUGUUCUGCAGUAUUUGAUGAACCAACAAGAUUACGAUGUGGCCAUACAUUUUGUAAAUUAUGCAUUUCUUAAUGGUUAACUGAUCAUUAGACAUGUCCUGAAUGUAGAUAAGAUGCAAAGCGAAAGCACUUUCAAAUCGACCGUAUUGCUGCUGGAAUCAUAAGUGAAUUGGAUGUUUAUUGUUCAAACAAAAUUUAUGGCUGCAAAUGGAAGGGUGUUAUAGAUAGAUUAGAAAGCCAUCAAAGAAAAUGUACUGCUAAAAUAGUUGCAGAAUAGCUUAAUUUGAAAAUUCAAUCAAAUUAAGAGACUGAUGAAGAUAAUGAACUAGCUUGCCAAAAUGAUCCAGGAAACUUAGUCACAAGAAUUAAUGCUAAUUUAAAGGAUAAAAAGGAAGUUAUUGAUGCAUUAAAAUCAUCUAAUGAAAAUACUAAAGAUGAUAAUUUAGAAGAUGACGAUCCAUUAGCAUUCUUAAACUAAUUGCAUUAGUUCUCAGAAGAAAAUCCUUUGGAAGAAAUGAGAAAAAUUGAUUUUAGUGAUGAAGAUCUUCCUAAGCAAAGUCGUGGACGAAUAAUACCAUAAUUAAAUGAAUGA